ACAGCCACACAUCUGCAGCAUCCAGCAUCCAGCUCUGGGACCAGGGACACUCGGAGAAAGGACACAGAAAGAAACAGAGUGAAUGUAAUGCAAUAAUGGUAUAUAUAGUAAAUACAUAGGUAGUUAGAGAAGGGCUCAGUGCAUCCAGAGAGGUUCCCCAGCAGCCUAGGCCUAUAGCAGCAUAACUAGGGGCAAACUAAAGGGACGUCAAGAGGGGAAGUCAGUUGUGCAAAUGAAAACACCAGCUCACCCCGUCAGGGUCACCCAGUCAGCCCUAACUAUAAGCUUUGUCGAAAAGGAAGGUUUUAAGCCUGGUCUUAAAAGUAGAGAGGGUGUCCGCCUCCCGAACCCAAACUGGGAGCUGGUUCCACAGGAGAGGUGCCUGAUAACUGAAGGCUCUGCCUCCCAUUCUACUUUUAGAGAUUCUAGGAACAACAAGUAAGCCUGCAGUCUGAGAGCGAAGAGUUCUGCUAGGGUAAUAUGGUACUAUCAGAUCUUUAAGAUAUGAUGGAGAUUGGUUGUUAAGAGCUUUAUAUGUCAGAAGAAGGAUUUUGAAUUCUAUUCUAGAUUUAACAGGGAGCCAAUGAAGAGAAACCAAUAUAGGAGAAAUAUGCAUUUUAAGCAUUCAUUCGAGGUUUCUUCGGCCUUAAUUUGUCUAAAUCUUGUUCUUCUUUUCGCAGAGGAACUUGCUGAAUGUUUGCGUCUUGAAUCCCCUGAAGUGACACCUCCAUUUUCUCCCUUUCCGUCAACCUUCUCUUCUCCUGCGUGCCGCUGAAAGCUGAAAGAGUUAAGAAGAUUUGGCAGCUCCACGGCAGCCAGCCAGCCGGUGAGGGAGGAACCGGCUUCCGGUGGCCAGAGGCAGGCGGCUCACUUGCCUGGGAUUAAGUGGGAUCGGGGGAGAUUACAGCCCUCUCUCUCCUCUCUUGUUCCCCCGGAGCUCGAUGAAAGCUCAGCGCUCCGUCCGGUCUCCAGGGUCCAACUCAUCACACAUAUCAGCUCAUUUCCGUUUUUUUCCUGCAGCUGCCCUGGAGCUCGGACCUGCGUAAAGACCUGAGGAACCUCGGAGGCUUCAGGUGUUCAGGUUCCAGUCAGCAGCCAGCAUGAGGCAGGCGGUGGAGGCUCAGGUGUUGAAUCCUCACUGUGAACUCGGAGAACACGGCCUUCGUCAGAUCCUGACGGACGUCAUCGAGGAGGUGAGGCAGUCGGUCAGUCAGGACAUCGACGGAGCUGAAGUCCUCCACAGUCUGCUCAACGCUCCCUGGCUGCAGUCGCUGCUCAAGGUGUACGAGUGUCUCCAGAGGUACCUGAGAGAUUCUCCAGCUCCAGCUCUGGAUUACGCUUCAGGACUUUCUCUGCAGCUGCUGAUAGACAUCCGAUCGUUAUCCGGCUGCUCUGAAGACGCCAAAGAACUCUACCGUCUGCUGAGGCAGCCUCACCUGCAGGCUCUCCUGUCGGCUCACGAUACGGUGGCCCAGAAGGACUAUGAGCCGAUUCUGCCUCCAAUGCCGGACGAGCUGCCGGACGACGAGGAGGCGACUCGGAUCGUCUGUCUGGUGAAGAACAAACAGCCUCUGGGAGCAACUAUAAAGAGAAACGAGAUCACAGGGGAGAUUUUUAUAGCUCGGGUGAUUCACGGAGGACUGGCUGAUCGAAGCGGUUUGCUCCAUGCAGGGGACCGGAUCAUCGAGGUGAACGGUUUUCCUGUAGACGGGUUGGAGCCUGAACAAGUGAUCCAAGUUGUGCAAGCUCGGUCGCAGGGCACCAUCAUGUUCAAGGUGGUUCCCAUCACAGAGAGGCCGGUCCACAACCAGACGAUGCUGUAUGUCCGAGCCAUGGCCGACUACAGCCCCCAGCAGGACCCCACCAUCCCCUGCGCCGACGCCGGCAUGAGCUUCAGAAAAGGCGACGUCCUGGAGAUCGUGGACCAGACCGACGCUCUCUGGUGGCAGGCCAAGAAGCUGCCCAGCAACACAGCCUGCGCCGGCCUCAUCCCGUCCACCAACCUGCUCAAACGGAAGCAGAGGGAGUUCUGGUGGUCUCAGCCUUACCAGCCACAUGCCUGCAUACAGACCUUGAGCACUGUAGAAGAAGAGGAAGACUUGAUGGCCAUCGAUGAGAAAUGUGUUGAAGCAGACGAGGAGACAUUUGAAUCUGAGGAGCUCAGAGACGAGGAAGAUGACUUCAGCAGCAAUAUUGAAGGAGUAUAUCUGGUGGGUUUCAGGCGCAGCAUGCGUCUCUGCCGGCGGCGCUCUCACAGCACCACCCAGCCGUCCUGCCACACCCGCUGCCCCAGCAGCUGCUACAGCGCCCUCAACAGCCCUUACGAGGAGGUGGUUCGAUACCAGCGCCACCCGGAGGACGCACACCGCCUCAUCGCUCUGCUAGGCCCGUCUGGCGUCGGUGUGAAUGAACUUCGGAGGCGUCUCGUUGAGAUGAACCCAAACAUCUUCCAGGGAGCGAUACCUUACACCACCAGAGCACCCAGAGGAUACGAGGAGUCCGGCAGAGAGUAUUUUUUCACCAGCCGAGAAGUCUUCGACAACAUGGUUUACAACAACAGGUUUGUGGAGUACGGCGAGUAUAAAGGGAAUCUGUACGGCACCAGCAUCGAGUCUGUGAGGGACGUUUUAGACUCCGGAAAGAUCUGCGUCAUCGACAUCGAGCCAAACGCUAUUCAGGCAGUGAGGACCCAUGAACUGAGGGCCUACGUCGUCUACGUGAAGCCUCCAGCUCUGGAGAGACUCCGAGAAACCCGACAGGAUUCAUUCAUCACCACCAACUACUAUGUCAACAGACCAUUCAAAGACGAAGACUUCCAGGAGAUGGAGGAAGCAGCCCGGAAGAUCGAGUCGCACUACUCUCAGUUCUUCGAUUACGUCAUCGUCAACGACGAGCUGCAGGAUUCCUGCGUCCAGCUGCUGACGGCAGUGAGGAAGGCCCAGGACGAGCCUCAGUGGGUUCCUGCCAGCUGGAUCCGACCCACCGCCGAGUCGUAAGAGCACAAAACAACAUGGCAGCUAGUUUCGGGAACUCAGCAUCUGAAAUAUCGACAACACGUGGAAUAUUCAACACAAACCUGGACGUGCAAAAUCAGUUUUUAUCACUGCGUGUUUGAGGGGAGUAGGGCACAAAAAAAAAUUCUCACCUUUUUGUGUUUCUAGCGCGCUUGAUCUGGUGUUUAAACGGCUUCAAAUCCGAGAAAAAUGGAUGAAGCUGGACUGGAUCCCUUCUUUGUUUGUUCAUAGUUGCAGUAACUCUACAACCAGGAGUGUCUCCUCCUGGUGUGCUUUUUGAAUUUAAAUUAGAAAAAGUUUGGGUUUUUUGGCUCCGCGUGCAGCUUUCAUUUUAAAUUUCUGCCCUGCUCCCUGCUCUUCAACACAGACCUGCAACAAAGAUUCUUUUUCCAAUUGAUGUUUACAUGUUAGAAGGUUUUUUUGGAUCAAUCUUGAAGAAAGGUGUGCUUCUUUGUGUUUUCCGAUGAAAUGUGAAAUGUGUCGUCGCAUGCCAAAGAAGCGGUUGAAGAUUUAUAACAGAUUUACAAAAACUUUGUUUGGUAAGCUCUUGCAGAAGUAACACCUGGUGUCCUUAUUUCAUUAAGGUAAGUUGAUGAAUACUGUGUGUUUCAAAGUCAAGUGCAACCAAAGCAAUGACAUUUUAAUAUUUGUACCUGUUUGUGACAUUAAUAAAAUACUUGUUCGUCCUUCACA